CUUCUGUUUCAGUGGAGCACUGACAGCCCACGCAGCUCACCUCCACCUGUUCACCUUCAUGUCCAACUUUCAGAUUCUUCAACCUGAACCACCCUCAUCCUUUUGUUUGUGCGAUGCCAAAGGGUGACACGUGGCAUGGUGAGGUUGCCAUGGGGUCCUUGAACAAUAUGGAGAGCGUCGGAAGCUAUGACAGUGUGAUCAGUGUGAACUCAGGCUGUAGUGAGGACAGCCUGGAGCACUUAUCUGCGGAGGAGAGGGCAUGCCUCAUGUAUCUUGAGCAGACCAUCGAAGCUCUGGAGGUGCAGGAAGACAGUGGACUAUCCAACGAUGAACCAGACUCUGGACAUCUGGAAGAGAAGAUGACUUUGAAUAAAAUCAGCGAUGUUUCUGGUUUGAACUAUGAGUCUGAAAUGAGCCCCAGUUGCGAGACCCUCCCCCCGCUGCUGGUUGACUUACCAGCAGAGGAGGAAUACGGAACGCUAAGCGAGGAAAAUCUAGCUGAGCAUCUUCUCAAUCACACCUAUGAACCAGAUAUUUCCAGCGAUGUUCACGAGGCUUCUGUGAACGCCACACCAGAACUCCAAAUUCUGUCAACUGACUCACUCGGUACCACACCAGAUGCUGAAGGACUGUGUUUACCUCCCAUUGAUGACUCUCUAAACACGCUCACCUGUAGUACUCCUGAGAUAGACUUAGAUCUCAUCCCCCCUCCUUCUGACUUUAUGGAUGACCCAAGACUUGUUACAGAGCCGAACGGUGUAGAUGUCAAAGCAACCCCUCUCACCAGUAGCACCAGACCAGUCUCUGUUGACUUGAAUCAGCUAUACCAGAGAGCGUUGGAGAAGAGAGGUCCUGCCAGCUCCCAGAAUAAGCAGAAACCUCUGGAAAAACUCCCGAUAGAAGCCAGUCUGAAUUCAUCUGCUUUGGUGUCUGUUCCCCCAGUCAUCCUUCUCCCUGAAGGCACAGAACCCAGGAGAACAUCCUUUGUCGCUACCAAACCAAAGAGUCUUUCUAACAAAGUUAUCAUGCCACACAAUACUCCAGAACCAGAACUGAAUUCACCCACUGACAACAGCGACCGUGAAAGAGUCCACCUCGAGGCCCUCCGGAAGCUUGGUCUGCUUAAAAGUGAUGUGACAGAUCUUGAUCCUAAAACCCAAAAGUCAUUGGCAGAUAUUUCAUCUCCGAGCAGUCCAACCGACUUAACACCAUCGCAUACCUCCAUCAGCACCCCGCCCUCUGCAUCUGAAGUUCUUCCCUUACCCAACACCUUCAACGACACUGCCAGGCCUCCUCCGUUACAUCAUGAACAACCUCUGGUGAAACACAUUUUAAGAAGUCCGCUUAAUGCUGUCAAGUCAAGAACCCCUUCUCGAACACCUUCAGACCUGGUCAAGCAGUUAACCAAGUCCACAGGCGCUCAGUCAGGUCUACAGGUGCAUGCCAACCGCCACAUAAGUCGCCCCGUGUCUUAUCACGAAAGCGUCAGCGUAGAGCAGUGCCUCAGUCACGCCACCAGCCAUGACUUUCGGAGGCGCAAGUCUACCCAAUCCAACUUCCAACACUUGGGAGACUCUCGCAAGUUGCCGCGGUCGCAAGGCAUCAGUGUGAGGAUCUGCCCUCGGGAUGAAAACGGAGUGGGCCGCCAUGACGCCCUAAAGAAGCUUGGACUGAUCAGGGACUGAGGCUAAUAAUGCUAACCUCUCAUCCAAAAGACAAGCUACUUAUAAUAUGCACAUAGAGUAUAGUAAAUACACUAUACACAAAUAUAUGACACUAGUCACAUCUGCAUACCUUAUAACCUGCUACAUAUGUAUGACUCUUUUGUACAGUAUGUGUACUAAAGCUGUCAGUCAAGCACCCGGGGUCAUAAUAUUUGCUAUAACUCUCAAUGAAGUCAUUUAAUCUUGAGUGAAAAUGAAGUCUACUUUUUACCAAAGCUUAUCAUUGAUGUCUUUUUUAGUCAUGACCACAAACAUGCUUUAAAAACUAUGUCCUUUCUUCCUUGAACAGUAGUUGCACCGUGGAUAAGAAUAUGAAAUAUAGUGUGCAUGGUUUCAUAAUGACAUAGCGACAACGUGUAAUAUAGCUUUACAGGUGUAGAAAGUUAAAAAGGUUGUCAUCAUAUACAGGUUAACUAAUAUAUCAAGUGUUAGUGUGUAAUGUCAAGUCACCAGUCUCUGGCUUUGCCUUUGUCGGGUUUAUGUGAUGUGAUGAUGCAAGAACUAGUGCAACCCGUUGCUUAUGAUGGCACAUUAAGAAUCUGGUGGGCUGUUACAACAUUAUAGCUGCUGAGAGUUGGAUUCCGUCUUUCCUGUUCUGUUCGCACUUAAUGUUGCCUGGCACUGUGGGGAAACGAUAACCUCAGGCGGCUCAGAUGUUUGCAUUUGAAUGCAGUAGGGACAGGGGUGCCACUCCCUACACGCACAACACAUGCUGUGCAUAGUGCAUGAUCCAUUGGGCACCCCAUUUAGUGUAAGGGGAGGCAUUCAGAACAUUCAAAACAGUUGGAAUAAUGAACAACAUGCAACACAAACAUUGACUGGAAUGCUGUAGCAAAAAACAUAUUGGCCACUAGAGAGCAGCAGAGAGUUAUGCACCAAUGCCAUAAGCCUCAAAAUGAACUGGAUACUCUUGCUUCUUAGUCUUCUUCUAAGUGUUUAAAAUACAGUAUAGUAGUAUUGUAAUAACGUAGUUGAAUUGGUAUUACACCUACAUGUUGAAGCAUUUAACUCCAACCCAAAAAUGAGUAAUCUAGAUUCAUUUGCUGUAUGUAUUUUGUUUUAUUUGUGUCAUGAUUUUUUUUUAUGAUUUAAAAUAAUGAAAAGUGGAUCAUAGUUUCUUUGCAUAAAAGAAGCUCCUGAAGCCAGCAUUUGAAGGAGAAACUAAA